GCUACAAAUCAACCACACUUCCGGUUUAUAGAAACGCGAACGAAAGACCGUAAACGUCAUAUCUAAACGUCAAUUGCAACUCCACAAAGAUGCCGUCAGCUAUUGUACUGUUAGCCGAAGGGGCAGAAGAGAUGGAGACUGUCAUCACAGUAGAUGUCUUGCGCAGGGGCGGGAUUGAUGUGACAUUAGCUGGACUGACUGGCACCGACCCUGUGUUGUGUAGUCGUCAGGUCAAGGUCGUGCCGGACAAGAGUCUUGAUGAUGCUUUGAAGUCGGCGCCAUAUGAUGUCAUUGUUUUGCCAGGAGGCGGUACAGGUGCCAAGAAUCUUCGUGAGUCUGCCGCUGUAGGGAAACUGCUCAAGGAACAGGAAGAGCGGGAUGCAUUGGUGGCAGCUGUAUGUGCAGCGCCAACCGAGCUGAAGGCACAUGGCAUCGGUAAGGGGAAGACUGUGACCUCACAUCCUGGAGUUGCAGACCAGAUUAAGGAAGGUGACUACAAGUAUUCAGAGGACCGAGUUGUCCAGGACGGCAAGCUGAUCACCAGCCGAGGCCCUGGAACUUGCUUUGAGUUUGGCCUGAAGAUAGUGGAGGCACUCCAGGGAGCUGAGAAGGCUCAGUCCCUGGUGCCUCCAAUGUUGGUCAAAGUGUAGGUUGGAUGUGGAACAUUGUGUAUACAAACCUCUGAAGUACUGACAGUGAACUUCAUUUGAUUUGAGUUUGGAACUGUAUCGUAAGUACAGGGCUGCCAUUUUGUUGCAGGGAUUGUUUAGUGGUAUGACUUUAACACUGAGUUGAAAAAUCUGUAGAGAGAAAACUGUUGUCUGGAAUAGUGGAAUGUUGUAGUCCAUACUGUUUCAGGGCAACUUCUGUUUUGAUUAAGCCUGUCUCUGUAAAAUUUGUUUUGUUAUUAUUAUAUAUUAAUUUUCAAUGAGAUCAAGGAGAAACUGAUCCCAAGCUUUUGCACCUAUUCUGUAUCCUGUAAAUCAUGAAUUUUAUAUUGUGUCAUCAAAAUAAUGCGAGUGU